GGGAAAUCCAAAAUAAACAGACCGCUGCAAUCCCCCUGAGAUGUGAAGCCUCUGCUCUAAAUAUGCUUUCGAGGACUAUGACGUUCAGAAUUGCAGGUACUUCUCCGCUGAUUGUGUCACCGACCAUCUACAGACAUCUCACUCAGCGAUCGAGACACACAGAAUCGAAUUUAAUGUGCAGAUAGCCUUCGAAUCGCAGUAGUGUGCUUCAGUUCGUCUGCCACUGUUGUCUGUCGCCUUCGCGUUGUGAGUGUCGAGUAUCGGAGAUGGUACGGUUGACAUUGUCCCUUUUGGGGCUACUGUUGGUGUGUGCAAGGUUGGGGUAUGUCCAGUCCCAAGAUGACACCGUCGGCGCCACCGAGCCAGUGAUCUUCACGUUUGCUGACGAUUCGACACCUCAGUCCGCGAGCCUUGCGAAACAAAAUGAUACCUUCUCCAAUAUAGAUUCUCCUGCCCCUGCAUUGGAGAGCGAGGAAGGGAAACCAGAAUGGACAGUGGCCGACGAAUCGAGUGGAGACAUGGAUUCAUUAGCUUCUGAGAGCAAUGGCAAUCUCGUCGGAACUGCUGAUGACGACAAUACAGUGAUCCCGUCUCCUACCCAACCAGCAGCGCCGGAGGGACCAUCUAACUCUACGGACUCGAAGGCUGACGCAGACGGGUUUGACAUGGUCGAGGGUGGCGAUGACAAGGAGUUCACUACUGAGGAUUCGGACACGGAAGAGACGUCUUUCGCAGCGAGACACUCCUGCCAAACCGGCAACCCUGUGGACGAUUGCUGGAGGUGCGAUCGCAACUGGGCAUCAAACCGCCAACGGCUCGCCAGUUGCGCGGUGGGAUUCGGACGUAACGCAAUCGGUGGCAGGAACGGAAGAAUCUACGUCGUCACUUCUUCCCGCGAUGACAACCCCGCAAACCCUUCUCCGGGAACUCUCCGUUAUGCCGUGACGCGUCCCGGUCCACUCUGGAUUAUCUUCGCGUAUAGCAUGACCAUCAAGCUAAAGAACGAGCUCAUGAUCACAAGCUACAAGACUAUCGAUGGUCGGGGUGUGGACGUCCACAUUGCCGGAGGAGCCGGUUUUACGUUGCAGUUCAUUAGCAACGUCAUCAUUCACGGAAUCGCCAUCCAUGACAUCAAACCCACGGGACCAGCUAGGAUUAUGACCUCGACUAGCCAUGUCGGCAACCGCGGCCGUGCCGACGGAGACGCCAUCUCAAUCUUCACCUCCAAGAACAUUUGGGUCGACCACUGCUAUCUCGCCAGAGCCGCCGACGGGUUAGUAGAUGUGGUCAGGGGCUCCACUGCCGUCUCCGUGACCAACUGCUACUUCACCCAGCACAACAAGGUGAUGCUCCUCGGCGCGCACCCGCAAGACUACAUAGACAGGAACAUGUAUGUGACGGUGGCGUACAAUAUAUUCGGCCCUGGGCUCAUUCAACGGCUGCCAAGGGUCCGAUUCGGCAACGUGCACGUACUCAACAACGACUACACGUCCGGGUGGGGAAUAUACGCCAUCGCCGGAAGCGAAGGGCCCACGAUUCUCUCUCAGGGUAACGUCUUCAACAGCUACAAGGGUUCCAAGCAGGUCACGAAGCGCAUCGACGACGGCGGCUCCACAAUGGGAGGCCCGAAGAACUGGAAUUGGCGAUCCGAGGGGGACAAGUUCCUCGAUGGCGCAUUCUUCACUAGCGUGCCCAUGAAGUGGUCCGCCCAGAGCUACUCCAAGACGGUGAGUUGCUCGGCUCGCCCCGCUUCAAUGGUGGAGCGCAUGGUGAAGGGCGCUGGCCCUCUGAGCUGCCGCCGUGGAGCUGUGUGUUGAUCAACUUUGCUGCGGAGUGCCAUUGCUCUCUGCUUUGUAGAUUACGGCGCCUUGUUGUGUGAUGUUGGGGCUGUGUGUUCCGAGCUGCAGCCAUCCGCUUGGUUGCCGAUUGUUGGUUUGCUCUCUGUUUCUCAAAAACCAUUGAUCCUGGAGAUAGUUUGUUGAAAUUAUGCAUUCGCAUAUAAUUGCUUUGAUUCUACGCAGAAUGUGUGAUUGCUUCUCUUAGCGCCAUUUCUUAGCCAAUCAGUUCAUUUCUAGUUGUCGGUAGCUGACAUGAUGAAGCUGCUCAGUAGCUCCGUGUUAAUGUAGAGCCUCUCCGGUCUCCCUCCGACAAUACAAAAUUCAUCCCAUUGUUUGCGAAUGAGCACAAUCUUGUGUGUAUUUCUCUACUUCACUCGUCGCCGUUGUUGCAUUUCCUGUUUGUGCUCUUCAGCCCUCGAACUUGUCCGAGAAUAUACGCAACAAUGGUGCUCGGAUCUCACUGUGAUUCUGCUUCUCAAUCAAUACUAGAUCGUUGCUGAA